UAUGAAGAAUGAGAAUGUGAUUGUUCAAGAUGUUAAAUCAGGAUGAGAAGCGAACUUUUCGUUUAGAGAAGGAACAAGAGUUGAGAUUUGAAGUUUCCAAUGAAAACAAAGUCUAUCUCACUCUUCAAUCAGGCACAGCAGAGGUAUUUGGUAUUGAGCUUCCAAAAAAGAAGCCUGUAGAGCUCUGCGAUACCAAACUUGCAGUCUUUACUUGGCAAGGUUGUGAGUUACAACUUCAAGGCAUAACCGACUUGGAAUAUGUUGCCAACGAAACACCUAUGCACCUUUAUCUCAAGGCACACUAUCUUCUUGACUCUAUGCGUCGAAAAGCUAGACAGCAGGGGACUAAAGGGCCCAAGGUAGUGAUAGUCGGUCCACAGGAUUCUGGUAAAAGUUCCCUUUGUCAAAUUCUCUCUUGUUAUGCUAUGAAAGGAGGCAAGAAAAUAUUGUAUGCAAGUAUUGACUUUCAACAAGGCUCCUUCUCUAUUCCUGGAGCUAUUGGAGCAUCCUCUGUGGAACAUGCCACAAUAGAAGAUGGUAUGAUAUUUGAAAACAACCUUGUCUAUUUCUAUGGUCAUACAGUAGCUUCCGAGAACCCGAGACUUUUGGAAAAAUUAGUCAGCAAUCUUUCGAACUUGUUGGAUGCCAAGUUGGAAGACUCUGAAAUGGAUCUGGGUCAUAUGGGCUUUAUUGCAGACUCCUUUGGCAGUUUGGAUGGAAGCAACUAUGAUGUUCUCAAACAAGUAUUGAAGGAAAUCAAAGCCAAUGUUAUCAUUGUAUUGGGUUCGGAAAGGCUUUAUGCCGAUAUUCAAAGGGACCUAUGUUCAGAACAGAGACAAAUUAUUCAGCUCCCGAAAUCUGGUGGAGUUGUAGGCAGAGAUCAAUACUUGAGACGGCGACUUCAGGAAAUGCAGCUUCGUUGUUAUUUCUAUGGCUCAGAUGGAAAUCUCAAUCCUUUCACAACUGUGGUUACUUUUGACCAAGUUCAUAUAGUGCGCGUUGGUAUCGGACUUCAUGUGCCAGCAACAGCUUUGCCACUUGGAGCACAGUCUACUUUGGAUCCGUUGCAAAUUUCGCAAGUGACUCCUUCCACUGAGUUACUUCAUUGUAUGUUGGGAGUCAGUCAAGCUGAGGAAGAAGAACAAAUUGUGGACUCUCCAGUAUAUGGUUUUGUUCAUGUUGCCAAAGUGGAUAUCUCGAAAAGAACAAUCUCUUUGUUGGCACCAUCUCCAGGAAAACUACCUGGAAGCUUUCUAGUGAUGGGAUCCAUUCGUUGGCUCGAGUAGCUUAUAUGCAAGUACCAAACAACU